GUAUUGCUGUAUUUGUCUAAUAGUAUCAUUGAUAUGUUCCCUGCAAUGGCCUAUGUGCUACAGAAUUCGCUCAUGCUGGGACAAUCAUCUAAGCCAGCAUUUUUAUGUUAUUGGUCUAAGCGAUAAUCCAAAAUUACAGAAUUAUUAUCGGUUGAUGGAUUAUUUUACUCUCAUUGCAUUCAACGUAUUGCCAAUUGUAAUCCUUUGCACAAUUAACAGUCGGCUAAUAAUGACAAUCUGGAAAGUUGUUGAUCGAGAUAUCAAAACACGCAGUAGCUUGACAAGUGAUGACAUUGAUAUUGAUAAUGUGGAUGAUACAAGAAGUUGUACAAUCACUCCUACGAAUAUCACUACAACAACAAGCAUAAGAAGCAAUAAUGCGGUCAUUGAGAAUGCUGCUUUUGUUACGGAUGCUACAAAAUAUCAAAAGUCAGUAGCACAACGUUUCAAUGCUAACGCGAUGCUUUUUGCGGUUGUAAUCAUGUUAUUGAUAUGUGUUGGACUACAAGCACCGGCCCGAUUACUCUUUAAUCAUUAUGGAAAAUAUGAUUUGACAACGAUCAUUUAUAUGUGUGUCACUCAACAUUACCUUUCUCACUUCUACAAAAAACCCGUGAAUGAGCAGGAGAGGGAACAAAACCUUAUGUUCAAGAAAUUCGACUAUUUCUAUUACUUCAUACUAUAUUUCAAACAAAAUAUGUUGAUUUAA